UCAGUGUUCGGUCAGUUCGGUAUUUCUGUGUGACCGUGUCGUCUACUCGGUCUACUUCUGUCUGACCUAUUCUUCGCUUUUACAGGAAGCACGAGAAAUGGCCUGUUCUGCUAUACGAUCGCCCGUUCUUCGUAAUUCUACGGUAAGGCAUUAUGCAGCUGCCGCGGUUGCUCAAUGUUCUAAUGUUGCGACCCCAGAACUUCAGUUAUUGCCGAACAAUAAGGUGACAGUUGCUGCGCUCGAUAACAAUAAUCCUGUUGCUCAAGUGUCAAUCAUCUUUAGAGCUGGCUCCCGCAACGAGACAUAUGAUACACAAGGCACUGCGCAUCACAUUCGAAUUGCUGCUGGUCUGAGCACUUGUAGAUCAACUUACUUUGGAAUAACUAGAAACAUCCAACAACUUGGUGGAAACUUAACUGCUACCACUGAUCGUGAAAGCAUUGCAUAUACAUUACAAAUUACUAGAAACAACUUAGACAAAGCUUUGACUUUCUUAGAGGAUGUUGCCACCAAGCAAGUAUUUAAGCCAUGGGAAAUAUCCGAUCAACUAUCCAGGUUGCGCUAUGAAUUAUCUAUGAUACCCGAGGCAACCCGUAUAAUGGAAUUGUUGCACAAGGCAGCUUACCGUACUGGACUAGGUUAUUCUCUAUACUCGCCAAAGAGACAACUUGGAAAAAUCAAUACAGAAACUCUGCAACAUUUUGUUAACACUUGGUUUACUGGCUCGAGAUGCGCGGUCGUAGCAACGGGCGUGUCACUGUCGGACGUGACACAGUUUGCUUCGAAUUUGAAGGUAGGUCCGGGAGAUAAUAUUGUGGAAAUUGCUAAAUAUCGCGGAGGGGAACUCCGCAAGGAACGCUCCUCUGAAUUGUCCACUGUAGCGGUAGCCGUUGAAGCAGCAGGUUUAAACAAAGAAAAAGAUGCCCUUGCUUGUGCCGUGUUGCAAAGGGCAAUAGGUUCUGGCCCUCGUGUAAAGUGGGGCUCCAGCGUGUCUCCACUGAAACAAGCAGUCUCCGGAGCAACGAGCACCGACCAAUUUGCCCUUUCAGCAUUUAAUGUUUCUUACAGUGAUUCCGGAUUGUUUGGUCUUAUUCUGUCCUCAGUACCCAACGUCGCCGGUUCCGUAACAAAAGCUGCUACUGAAUAUCUGAGAUCGCCUAAGCUUUCCGAGGCUGAUGUCGUGCGCGGUAAGACUAUGUUGAAAGCGGAAAUAUUAUAUGCCGCAGAUAAUGAUGCUAUGUACUUGGAAAAUAUGGGACAGCAAGCAAUCAUUAAAGGACGCGUGUACAAACCAUCUGAUCUCGUUGCAGAAGUAGACAAAAUAACUGCAUCUGAAGUCAAAUCGGUUGCUGGAAAACUUGCUGGCGGAAAAUUAUCCAUGGCUGCAAUCGGCAAUUUAUGCACAGUUCCAUAUAUCGAUGAAUUAAAGUAAAUGAUAAUGAAAAUCUAGUAGAUAGUAUCGUUUCGUGAGCCUUCAAGUUUUAAAUAUUUUAUCCAGUUCAGAGAUAUACACACGUUUAUCAGAGUGUAAAAUCUACUUUGCGAUAUUAAUAAUAAAAGAGAAUAUCGCUAUAGUU